ACAAAAGAACUGAACAACAGAACACAAUAUAAUUUAUCCAAUGACAUUAGAAGCUUAGAGCAUAUCCAGUUACAAUUACAACUGAAUUCAGAUCCAAAACGUACAUACAUAUGUAAAGAUGUAUGCUUCAUUAUAAAUUCAGAAUUUGUUAUCAGGUAAGGAUACUAAUUCAUAUUGCUUGCCAGUGAAAUAUUUUAAAAAUGGCGCUUCAAGUGAAUUGUGGGAAAAAAAUCUUGCGACUUGUAUUGCAGCAUGAACACCUGUCAAAGAAUAGGAUACAACUAUUGCAUAGAAUUCAAGCACACGGAUCAACUUACCCAGCAAAAAACUUAAAUUGUACUGCAAAAACUUUAAACAAUCCUGCAAAAGCAUUCCAAUGUAUUACAGGACUACAGUGCCACAAUACCAAAAUUAUUUGUUCAAGAAACUUUUCUACAACUACUCAAAAAUAUAACAGUGAUCAAAACGUUGAUAAUGAUGCUAAACAUGAAUUAGGAAAGAUGGAGCAGAAGCUAGCAAUUGUAUACACGUGCAAAGUGUGUCAAACAAGGUCGUCAAAAACUUUUGAUAAAUUAUCAUAUGAAAAAGGAGUUGUUAUAGUAACAUGUCCUGGUUGUAAUAGCCAUCAUUUAAUAGCAGACAACCUCGGUUGGUUCAAAGAUGUUAAAGGAAAAAACAUUGAGGAAGUCCUUGCUGAAAAGGGUGAAAAGGUACAAAGGAUAACUAAUGAUGGAACUUUGGAGGUAAAUCUGAGUAAAAACAAUGAAUGAUAUUGUACCAGUUGAAAUAAUUGAUUAUAAAAUAUGAAAAAGGUAAAAAGGAUAACAAAUGAUGGGAGUUUGGAGGUAAAUCUGAGUAAAAACAAUGAAUGAAAUUAUACCAGUUGAAAUAAUUGAUUAUAAAAUAUGAAAAGGUAAAAGGAUAACAAAUGAUUGGACUUUGGAGGUAAAUCUGAGUAAAAACAAUGAAUAAUAUUAUACUAG